GAUUUGCAGAAGAAAGAGAGGGAGAAAAAGAAGGAAGAAAGAAAAAUCACAAAGGAGUCGAGAGAGCAGGAGCCAGUAACAAAGGAAGGCCAGCUCAGGUAUAUAUAUCUGGAGAAACAUCUAGCAGGAGGUCAAUAUAAUAAGAUAGACUGCAAUACAGAUUAUAUGCAGCUAUAA